CAAAGAAAACGGAAGGAAGAAGACUAGCGUUCAAUUCCCUCAGGCUAACGAUGGCCGACAUGCAUAGCGUUAGUUCCUGUUUCAGAGAUGUGCAUACGAGUUUAGGAUCAAACUAUUAAUAAUAAAUCAAGUCACAGUCGUUGUCAACAAGCAAGGGAAAUGUGGACAUCUAGACGACGCUUUGGUGACAACAAUGUUUAUGCCUGGUACCACUCUUUUCAGCGCAGUGACAAUCGGCUCUGUCCAAAAGCCGAAACCAAUGAGCUCAUCUGACUGUGAUACAGCCAAUCUCUGUAAAAUGGGUGUAAAACAGUACGCCUGGCAGAUGUAACCCGAACCAUUCCCAUGAUGCUGCAGGGGCCGUAUGGUGGCCUGGAUAAGGACAAGCCACUCAUCCGGCUUCCAUUCACAUAUUUUGCGGUUGGCACAGUGUUGCUGGCUCUGACCGGUUUGUUAGCCUGCCUGGCCUUAUCACUACUGUACCACUUUGAGGAAUCAACCUAUACACACUGUCAUGUACCAAACUACCUCCCGUCAAUCAGCGCGUCCAUCAGCCUGGUGCCGGAGCGCUACAUCUGGCGCGGCUGCAUCGGCCUGCACUCGGCGCCGCGCUACCUCGUGGCCCUCGCCUACUUCAGCUUCUACUGGGGGCGCUUUGCGAGGAGGCGGCUGGAGCUGCUGCUCAGUGGCCUGGCGCUGCUCUGCGGCCUGGCAGAGAACACGGGCCUGCUGUUGCUCACCUACGUGGCCUCCACCGAGACCUACAGUCUCCAUAAAAACGGCUUCAUCGUGUUCAUCGCCAGCUCUCAGCUGCACAUGCUCAUCACUUGCUGGCUGUGGCAGGUCAUCAAGAGACACUGCAUUCACCCAGAGGAAGUGACGUCGUACCGAUGGAAAUUGCGCAUCUUCGUGUUCAAUAUCAGCUGUUGCAUCGCUGCUGCGUACUUCUUCAACCGCCACAACAAGUACUGUGAAUCUGGAAUCUACACCCUGUUUGCACUUUGUGAGUACAUGGUGGUCCUCUCCAACAUGGCCUUCCAUAUGACCGCCUUCUUGGACUUUGGGAGCAAGGAGGUGAUGGUGGCCACGCGUCCUGAGGACAAGCGAUACUGAACCGGACAGUGCUCCACCCACCACCACCCCCCCACAGUGCCUCAAGAAAACCUUGACGGACACUAACGUCAGUGCGUUUUGGGCGAGAGCAGGUCAGGGGGACGGCGUUGCAACGGCAGUGGUUCUCGGGGUGACUGGGAGGCUGCAGUUGAUGCGCGAUGAGGAUCAUUGACAUUUCUGAACAUAAGGCUUUUAGUUCUCUACCACGCGCCGUAGUCUGCUUAAGAACACGCAAAUCUGACCAGAUGGGUUCUUUGUGGACGUUCACGCGUAUACAUUUGCCAAAUAGCACAUACAUACAUUUUGUUUGUGACUGCAGAAAUAGACUGUGUUGCGGUAGUGCCUUGCCCGAGGGCUCUAUACACUCAGACUAGUAUUUCCCCAAGGGAAAAUGCUGUCUGAUGAAAUGUGGCAACAAAGGGCUGAUGUGUCAUUUUCAGCAGCUGGUUUAAAACCCCCUGCUCAUCAACAGUUUUUUUUUUUAGCUUAAGUGACGGUCUAUCCAGUCGCACAGAGGAAGUAAUAGAGGUUAAUGGAAAGAUGGGAAGCUAAUUUGCUGUCAUGCACAAACUGCUCACACACGGCCAAGCGAGGUCACAUGCUACCCGGCGCUCUCCUGACUGUGCAGGAACGUCACUCGCACCGGCUGUGAACUCAGCACUUCGUUCUCGGUCAGAGCCACGUUCGGACAUUCUGAGAGCAUCGACUGACUGGCCACAGGAUUGGUCAUAACAUUUCAAUGUUCGGCCUUGCCGUGGUCGAAAUGAACGUUAAGCGCACGCGCGCACACAUAAACACACAUUCCACUCUUUUGUAUAGUGGUCAACAUGUUGGAAUGAUGUUAAAGUUGGGCUCCUGAAUAAGUAUCUAUCCAAAGGACGAUGUUAAAUAUUCUAGAUCUUGAAUCAAAUGAUACAUAAUAAAUGCAUAACCAAUAGGGCUGGGUAAAAAUAUCGAUUCAUCAAUGCACUGCAAUUUAUUUGUUCUCGAUUCAAUUUCGAUUCUGAUUUUUUUUUUAUCAAUUAUUUCCAUAAAAACAAAACAGAAACAUACUCAGUCAUUGUAAUCUAGAAGCCAGUAUGUCUAAAUGUACAUGCCCAUUUACAUUUGUCCAUGUCAUGAUAGGCCUAUAUACCUGACCGCAGUAUGAUAGGAGGUGAGCAGCAUGUAAGAAGGUCCGUGUAUUGACUUCAGAUAUGGAUUUGUUCACGUGUUUGUGGGGAACUUCAACAAGUUACUUCAGAUUUAUCUUGAUUUGGCUGUAUCUUCACACAUAAACACAUUCUAAAUGCAAGACAUAACUUCUUUAUUUAAAUGGUACCACCCAUGUCAUUUUCAUCCUCAUGAUUUUGGAACCCAGACUUUGGUUCCAUGAGCCAAACCUUUCAGCUGUACAGUUGUCUGAUUCCACUCUGUCCAUCAGUGGCAUGAAGAGCUGUUCUACCUGUUCUGCUCUGUUCUGCUGCCGUAGGCCUUAUGAAGGCGACUCUCCCUGGUCUGGUUAAGAUGGGGCAUUUUACGCUGCAAGUUUAGCUCAGGAACAAUACUAUACAAUGGUCUAUUCCCUUUCUGCUAGUUAAAGCAUAAUGAAAUGGUUAAUUCAUUUUGAUAUGGUUAAUUCUAAAUAUUUAGGUAUUUUAUCAUCUGUACUUAUUAUUGAAUCGGUAUCAAAGCAAUUGGAUCACUAUCUAAUCUAAUCGAUAUCGAAUCGAAUCAAGACCUAAAGAAUCUAAUUGAUUUGAAUUGUGAGGUACCAGUGGCAAUACCCAGCCCUAAUAACCAAGUAUAUUCAAGGUCAGUGGUGUCUAGGGCCAAAACAUAACUAAGCUACCAAAAUGUGAGCUUAAAAUGUAUUAUCGUUUAGUGACUGACGGCUUUCUAUAUUUGUUAUCUUUCAGAAUGGAAAUGUAAAGGAGCUAAUUUUUACAUGCCAACGUUGUCAUCAGAGAAUUUCUACAAGCUAGGACUUUGUUAAAAAUGAAACUGAUGUGUUUUCUAGAUGCAAAGCUUUGAUUCUAUCAGUAUAUUUGGGUAAAAAAAUGUUUUUGGGCAUUGGGUGUCAUCAAAGCUAUUAUAGUUCAGCACCAUGUCUGUACAUCCUACAUACAGACACUCUGAACAGUGGGGCUUUCCACUUCUUUUCAGUCUUUUCUUAACGUAUGAAGUAAUGUUCGGAGGUGAUGUUGGUGUGUUUUAGUUGUGUCCGUUAAGGAUGGAAUGCUUCAGCAAGGCCAAGAUUCCUUUGUGGAAACUACAUUUCCCAGUUCAACUCCUUUUUACAGGGAGAAGGUCGUUUUGGACAGUGGAUCAAUAAGUGUUUGGUGCAGUUUGUUUGACUUUCAUACGAUUCUACCUUACAUUUAAAACACACUUGAGAACUGAAUUACGAUAUUUUAACCAGAUUAUCCGGUUGCACCAUCAUAUGCACUAUAUUGUAAACAUAUCAAAGCAAAUAAAGCCUAUUUUGUUGGAGGACCAUUCAGUAAAAGCAAAGGCUAUAUAUGGUAUAAUACUAUUUGUAUUUGUGUAAGCCUCAUCAGAAAACACAUUUCUAUACACCCUGGUAUCGGGUUUAAGUUGAGUUGAUUAUUGUACCUAGGUACCCUGUGCAAGCUCAAAGACUAGAUCAUUCUUGAUUUGCUGUGCCACAAUGGUUUUACAAAAGGACUGCUGUGGGACUGAAAAUUCUCUGGCUGUAUCGAUGAACUACAUUGUAAAUGAACCCCUGACUAAGGUGCCUUCUUAACCUACUGUGCAGGUAUACAAUACAUUUAGCUGCAAUUGUAGCCCCCAAUCCUAUUUGUUUAUAAUAUUAGAAAUGCAAAUAGUUAUGUGAAUAUUUUAUUCAGAUGAUGGCUUAAUAUCAUAGUAAUUCGUCAAGUCAUGAUACUAUGAUGAAAUAGGCAAAUGUUUGUGUUGUGCUGGCUGCACUAAGGCCUGCCCCUAUGUUUGAUUCUGAAAUCGCUGACGCGGGGAAUGACUGAGGAUUGCCAUACUCUAAACAAAAGGGAUGCAAUAUUAUUCCAUUGAUGGAUUAACAGCAUGAACAAGUAUUUGAGAUAUGAUGCACAUACUGUAACCUCUAUGCCUUUUGAAAAGCUUCCGCUUGCAAAUACCACAGGUAGUAAAUGGCAGGUUUGGACAAAUGUUGUGGAAUGUACCUACCUAAUGUGUGCCUUAUACUAUAUGUUUGUGGGGAGUGUGUGUGCUUUUUUCUUAUGGUAGCCUGUUUUACAUACGUGUGAUGGGUUUGAAAGGGUUUGCAUUUUCCAAGUCGCUUGUAGGACAAUAUGUUUUCUAUAUUGCCUGUUCUAGUAGGUGUGUGAACUUAGAUCAAUAGGUAUUGCAAAAGGACGUGAGUCACACUUUGAAGAAUACUCAUGGUCUCGAGUUCCCCUUUGCCAGCUUCUCUAACAUCCUCUUCUACAUAAUUUGUUUAUCCACACAGAAUUCAGUCCCUUUUUAACAUUAUGUGGUUAAUGUUAUUCUAUUCUGCCCUCAAAGCAUUUGGUCUGAAGCUUGACAGCAGAAAUAAAACAUUAAUUCAAGUUAUUAAACCCCCAAAUUAACUUUGUUUAACUUCAAAUCAAUUGUAUGGGCUUGUUUGGUCUAGUCUGACAAAGGUUGGAAACCAGGCCAACCGCAAAAAUGAAAAUCCAUCAUCUAACAAAUAAAUAAAAUCUUUUUUAUUAAUAUUAUUUGGUCAUAAUAUUGCAUUAAAAAAAUGCAAACCACACAACAGUUCUUUAUGUUAGUAUAAUUUCAAGUUUUUCUUAGACAUUUGGUCAUUUAGAAAAAGGUCACUGGUUAGACCUCAACUGGACAAUUUCAGGAAAUAGAGUUUGGCUUAUUCUAAGGUAUUUCAGAAAAAUACCCAUUGCAACACAAUAUCCUCUUGUGAUAUGGCAGACACAGGACAAUGUGUGCCUUCUUAUUUAAUUGCACAGGAAUGAACAGAACAUUUGCACAAAAACCAACAAUAUUCAAUCACAACAAGUAAUAAAAAAAAUAAAACAGGACAUAAAUUACAGCUUGAUAAAUAUUCGAAACAAAGGACAUUCACUGAAGACAUCCCACAAGGUGAGGCCCGGGGAAAAGGAAAUUGAGAUUUGUUAUGCAUAGGGAAAAUGCUAACAUGAAUAAUAUUUACUGCAAUCUCUGUCUGUCUGUAUGUCCUAGCAUUUUUGCAUGGAGUUUGUUACCCUUGUGGGGAAGUUACUAGCCUGAUCAACGUUUUGUUAGAACCCGAUCCUAAGACACUAAAAAUAAACAUGAACCUUAAUCUGAAAAUAGAAUAUGAAUUUGAUUACGAUUACAUUUAAUGUUUUUAGGUAGAUUAAGAAUUGAUCACUUUUGUUACAGGGAUAUUGAGAUGAUGACAAGCAGAAUUCACAAAAUGUAGCUUCUUAUAACAAUAAAAAAAACAUCAAAACGUUAUGGCAGCCAUGUUGCCAUGAAUAGACCAGUUCCUACCAUUCUAAUUGUGUGUUCCAGAAUGUCUCAUCCCCUGACAGGAAAUGAGGGAGAGGAGGAAGUGGCUCCCUGCCUCGUCAAAGGAAACUCCAGAAGGAGGACUUCCUGGAACGCAGACUCUUAGGGGUAAACAGUAGCACUGCAUAUACAUCCACUUGUGAAGCUGGCUGCAAAGUAGGCUGAAACAGGAACUCAUACACUGGUCUCAAUUAUGUACAAAGAUAGAGUAAGCAAUUAAUUCUUUACGGGUGUCUGUGAUAUGAAUGGAAAUGGCUAUCUUUAAAAUAAUAUUAAAGAGAAUCUCAAUAAAUGCAUAAACAGGGACCUCUGUUAAAAUGACAACGACAAAACAACCAAACUCAAUUUACGAUGUCAGUGUGUUGCAGAGUCUACACCAUUUACGUCAUUCUAUAAGCCCUGACCAACCAAGAAGUUAAGAGUAAGGACGUGUCUUCCUUAACUCGAAACUUGUGUUGUAAUCGGCCAGAGUUCUGUGUCAGCACAGUCAAUGGUAAAUGAGCUGGUUUCACUUCCGCCGAUUCAAAGCGACAAAGUCAAAAGCUAGUUGAAUGGUUACUAAAAAGCAGCGCUGACUGAAGAUUCCAGACACCAUUGGGAUUUGUCGGU